UCACAUAUUUUUAAAGCUAGUUUUAAAUUUUAGCAAUAAUCCUUUAAAAAUAAUUUAAAUAAUUGAACAAAUGUCAAAGCAGGAUAGACAAAGACGACACGAUAAGUCAUCUGUCAAAGAACGUGGAAAACGCAGUCCUGCUGCUCACAAUAAUGAAAAGUUCAAAACUUUUGUGUGAAUGUGAAAAUGUGAAAAUCCCGUUCCGCGAUUAUUAUCGUUUCCUUUUUAUUUAUUUAUAAGAAAAAAUGUUCGAUUAUUUUUAAAGUUUUUAUUUGUUUGCGUAAAAUGGACGGCUUGCCAGCAGAUUUGACGGCUUUUCUCGGAAGGAACACAGACUUUGGAGGUAUAGAAAACGAAGGGAUCGACUUCUCCCAGCUGGAGGAUUUCAUUAACAACGAGGGCACCAACACCCAAAACUUCAAUUUCGGGGAUCUCCAGGCCCAUCCGGCUGGUGGAAAGCUCCUUAACGUCAUAGUUGAAAACAAACGAAACAAUAAUGGACACUCCUUACCGGAAAGCCCUCCGGACUCGAGCUCGGAACACCCUUACAGCCCUCAAGACGGAUGUGAGGCCCCCAUAAACGCCUCCGACAGUAUUUAUACGAACUUAGGCCCCAUUUAUAAGCAGCUGAACCCCAUUGAUAACUUGAUCCUGUCCUCUCAUAUCGUCACUGAUCCUGGCAGUGAGGGAUUGGUGCUGCAAGACAAUCGAAUCCUGGUGUCGCACGACGUGAGGAACGGCACUAAUUUACUCAAUAGUCGCCUCCUCACAGACGGAUUGUCCGCAGACCACAACAUAAUCCUCGCCGAAAAUGUGCCUGGGUCGGACUCUUUCGCACGUCCACUCUAUGACGACACGGAAGAGAAACACAACAUGAUCCUGAGUUUUCCCGAAAACUUGCCCAGAACCAACCUGGAUCCGGGAAUCACGUUGGAGAAUAACAGUCUGGAGAACGUUUAUACUGAUCUGCAAAGUGCCCGGAAGAAGAGGAAGAUCGAUCCGGACUCUGCGUUAGUAAAAAGCGAACCAGAUCAUUGUCCCUCUUCACAGCUGAGUCCCUCGGAGCAGUUUUCUGGAUCUAUUGACGAGGAGUACGCCUCCUCAGAGGCCUGCCUCUCGGAAUCGCAGUAUCAGUGUAUCCGGUUCAAUGCUUUUCAGCAAAACAAUUGGCACACCUUGUGCGAUCAGAAUUUGACCGAACUAGCAACUCCACAUUACAGGGUGGACGCAGAUAAAGGUUUCAAUUUCUCGAAUGCCGAUGACGCCUUUGUAUGCCAGAAAAAAAACCAUUUCCAGGUGACCUGCCACGUGCAACUGUUGGGUGACGCGCAAUUCGUCAAAACCCCCGAGGGUCUCAAGAAAAUCUCCAGUUUCCAUUUGCACUUUUACGGGGUGAAACACGACUGUCCCACUCAGACCAUACGGGUGGAACAGAGUCAGAGCGACCGUAGUAAGAAGCCGUUUCAUCCCGUUUUGGUGGAGUUGGUUAACUCGCAAGUGACGAAAGUUACCGUGGGGAGGCUGCAUUUUAGCGAAACCACCUCGAAUAAUAUGAGGAAGAAGGGCAAGCCUAACCCGGAACAAAGGUAUUUUCAGUUAGUGGUUGGCCUUCAUGCUCACACCACCAACGGGAAUUUCCCUGUGGUAAGCCAUGCUAGUCAAAAAAUUAUCGUGAGGGCUUCAAACCCAGGGCAAUUCGAAAGUGAUGUGGAACUGUGUUGGCAAAAAGGACAAACCCAGGAUUCCAUUGUCCAUAAUGGAAAAGUUGGCAUUAACACGGACAGACCGGAUGAGUCGUUGGUGGUGCACGGGAACAUUAAGAUCACCGGGCAUAUAAUUCAACCGUCGGAUAUCAGGGCGAAGAAGAAUAUUGUGGAGUUAAACACGGCCGAGCAGCUGAAGAACGUUCAGAAGUUGAGGGUGGUGAGAUACGAGUACGAACCGGCUUUGGCCUCCCAACUGAGCCGCAGCAGCGACGCCCACUCGGACACGGGCGUGAUCGCCCAGGAAGUCGCUCAAGUCCUUCCGGAGGCCGUCAAACCCGCCGGUGAUCUCGUCUUGGAAAACGGAACGUCCAUUGACAAUUUCCUCGUAGUCAAUAAAGAAAGAAUUUUCAUGGAGAACAUCGGAGCCGUGAAGGAAUUGUGCAAGGUAACCGGAAACCUGGAGACCCGGAUCGAUCAGCUGGAGCGGAUUAACCGGAGGCUGCACAAGUUGAAGAGGGGCGAUAGUUUAAAAUCGGACAGCACUGUAAACAGCUCAAAACACUCCCACUACUCGGCCCACUGUAAAUGCUCAAAACGUCACGUGUGUAAAUAUUGCGAGAGACAAGAGGCGGAACUAUGUUCCAAUAAGUUCAUACAAGUUGUUAUAGUUAUUUUAGUUUUAAUUAUGGCUCUAUGUUUGGCAGCGAUCACCACUUUGUACCUGUUAGAAACCGCGAGGCACAAAAACAUCCUCACGAGCAGCGUGGAGUCGGUGCCCAAUAAGCACUGGCCUCCCGCUUCUACGAAGAAACCGAGUUUGGGGCACAGCAAGUUUCACAGCACCUGGACCACCACUAGACCCAUACAGAAAUCUACCAGCAGUUUGUAUAUUAGGGAGGACGAAAUCAACAAAAUACAGCAAGAUUCGGUCCCGAAAGCCCAAAAUUCUCGAAUAAUCGGCAGCCCGAACGAAUGCCAGGCCGUAAAUCAGGCUUUAGAUGAAAGCUACUGUCAGAUCUAUUGUUGUGCCCCCAGCAGCCUCGGUACCCUCCAGCACAUCUCCCAACCUUCGUACAGUGAAAAGCGACUCGUAAACAGAACUAAAGGCGUCAUUCCGCCGAUAUUUAAGGAACAAGCGAGCGCACAGACUUCGCUGGAAAAGAAUAAAAUUGCGAAACCGUUUCAUUCCAACGAUAUUGAUAAGCAGGCGAGGAAUAAGAGACAGGCCUACGAUAUUAGUAACGAGGCCAGCGUUGAUAACGAUUUGCCCGAUGACCAAGGCGUCUUAAUAACAAUCCAGGGCCGUAACUUCAGCACCCAACUGAACCAAUAUUAUUUAAACAGACAGUUCUACAACUCCUUCAACUUUUCUUACUCCCUGCCCAUAUCGAAAUACAUGCCGGACGAGUAUAUCAACGUCAUUUUCCGAUUUAAUCAGCUGGUAGACAAAAAAAUCCAAAAUUGCCUGAACGACGUGAAACACCACGAGUGCCCCUACAUCCCCCUGAGUAUUUCCAGUGACGAAACGAAGAGGGCGCACAAAGUCGACCAGACCACGCCCAGUCACUACGACCGCGGUCAGAGUUGGACUUUCGACGUCGACAUGGCCGACUUUCAGUCUAAAGUUAUGACUUACAGGGUGGGACUGGGAACUUUCCAAGAGAAUUUGUGUGACAUACCGGAGAACAAAUUGGGAGUGGAAUUUGUGGUUUACAAUUUUCACUUUUACAGAGACUGCGAUGAAUGACGUCAUACGGAUUGUCAUUGAAUCGAAUCCGUUACAUUCCAACCAUGACUCGAAUAACGUUUUUUUUUUAUUAUUAUUUAAUUUUUUUAAAAUUGUUCCUCGAGUGUCUAUAAUUACGUUAUUGUUUAUUUUAUUAUGUGCAAUUGUUUUUUUUAUAUGUUAUGUUUUUUCUAUAUAGGGUGGCCGAUGGCAAAAUGUGUUACUAAGAAACACUUUGCCUGGAAGUAAUUAUUCAAGUGUCUCUUAGUGUGCAAAUUUUUUUUCUUAUUGACCACUCUGUAUAUUCCUAAAAUCCGAACAAAGCUGCUUUAUAUAUUAUUAAUUCUUAUUUAUAUUUUUUUAUUUAAAGAGUUAUAUUUUUACAAGUUUAUAUAAUAUAUAUAUAUGUAAUUUUUGUUAGUUAAUUUGAAAUAAUGCUAAUAAUACUCCUCGGUUAUUUUUAGGUUAUGGUUACGUACUUAAAUGUUAUUGGUCCAGUUUUCAACCAAUUUUUAAUUAUAUCCUUUUAGAUAUUGAAAAUGCCUUAAAACGGUGCCUUUAUUAGGAAAUUUUACUCUCUAAGUGCAGUCGGACCAUUAAAUUAAUAAUUUUUAGUAGUAGAUGAAAUAAAUCACAUUCCAUAUACUAAAAAUGGAUUUUUGGCUCUAGUCUGAAUGUUUCGAAAAGAAUCUGAUACAAUCUCAUUUUAGAAUAAUAACUAAUAUACUUUUUGUAGUUUUAGUAGCUAAUAUUACAAUACUCCGGGAGAGUAUAAAAUAGACAAAAUUACUAUAGUAGUAGUAGUAGUAGUAGUACUAGAACAAGACAUUGAAAUUAUUCCCUGUAUAGAUUUUAGGAAAAUUCCGCAAUAAUAUUUUGUUUUUAUUUUUUGUGAUUGUGUAAAAUAAAGAAAAAUUUGUUUUU